AUGACUUUUGUUCCAAAAUCCAGUUUAACUGUUUCUGCACUUUUCAUUGCCCUGCUGCGGCUAUGCUAUACAGUUAAAGGUGGACCAAACGCCAGCAUUAAUGUCCUUAUUUGCAAUGUCAAGUCUCAAGCAGAAGGUGACCCUUUUUGGAGCAGUGUGACAUAUGUUCUUUUUGAUUUAAUGAAUGUCACUCCGUCGCAGCAGGGCUUCGACUACAGCACCACUUCGCCUUAUUCCACAACGGUUGCUUAUGGACGCACCACUUGCAGCUGUGAUCUGUCCAAUAACGACAGCACCAACUGCCUCGUUUCUGCCAAGGAAACUCUCAAGACCAACUGCGGUGGUUGA